AGAUUUCGAUGCUUGAGAUCUACAAUGAAAACAUAUGUGAUCUCCUCUCACAAAAUGGCAACAAACAACUGGAGAUCAGAUCACAGGGGAAAGCAGUUACUGUCCCAGGACUGACAGAAAUUGAAGUCUUGACAGAAGCGGACAUUAAAAACACAAUUCUAUUUGGUGAGAAGAACAGGACAGUGGCAUCAACCAAAAUGAAUACAGAAAGCUCCCGCUCUCAUUUGAUGGUCAUCUUGAGACUGAAUGGUAUGGAUAGCAUCUCAGGGGCUGUCUCCAGCUCUACACUUACACUGUGCGACCUCGCAGGAUCAGAACGCAUAUCAAAAACUGAAGCUACUGGUCAGCGCUUGGUGGAAGCUGCUGCAAUUAAUAAGUCUCUCACAGCAUUGGGACAGGUCUUUACAGCAUUAAAGACAAACUCCAUGCAUGUUCCCUAUAGAAACUCCAAACUCACCCAUCUCCUGCAACCAUCUCUUAGUGGCCACGCCAAGGCUUGUGUUUUUUGUUAACAUUAGUCCUGAUGUAAAAGAUAUUGGAGAAACAAUUAGCUCUCUUCAGUUUGGCUCAUCCAUUCAGCAGAUAGCACUUGGCAAGCCUACC